AUGGACGCCCUUCCGCCCCAGUGUAUAGGCUGGAUUGAGGCCAUAUUCGGCGAAUGCGUUACAACCCAGAGACAAGCCUGGAGUUUAAUGCUUGGAUACACGUCCAUCUUUUGCUGGCUGAACGCCCAGAUUCCACAGAUCAUCGAAAACUUCAAACUGAGCUCUGCAGGAGAGGAUCUGGAGGACAACCGUGAGGAUGGCGCUGAGGAUCUGGAUCCUAAUGAGACUAUGUCGCCCCUUUUGCCUCGUCCACGACCAAGGAGGGCUACCACCGCAGCGGAUAUUGCCCAUCGCAGAAGUACGUCGAUGGUGCUAUUUGGGUUGGUGUUGUUCACAAUGCGCCAGACGAUGCCAGGACUGGAACAGUCAGGAGCAGGAAUCUUAAGCUACAACAGAGGAGCAGACAACACAUAUUCAGGACGCGCCUUUUCCAAGAGAGGCCUAGACGACUCAUACCCAACCAUGGGCGAAGAGCCAGCACCAACAGACCCUAACGCUGUCCAACUCGGCCGGAUCUUUGCCUGGGUCUGCACCGUCUUUUAUCUAUCCAGCCGAAUGCCCCAGCUCUGGAAGAAUUUUACCAGGAAAUCUGUUCAGGGUCUGUCGAUCUUGAUGUUCUUCUGGGCGGCCAUGGGCAACUUGUCGUAUACGCUUUCGAUUUUGAACUCGAAGGAUGCGGUUGACCCGGAGACGGGACGGAAGUUCUUGUUGGAAGCUGUGCCAUAUGUGCUAGGAUCCUCGGGGACAUUGAUGUUUGAUCUUUCGAUCUUUUUUCAAUGGCUUUAUUACACUGGCAGGUUGCGCGUGCUCGGGUUGAGGCCGAAGAGACAUCACCAUCAUCAUCGGCGGCAUCAUUCGAGGUCGACGGUGGGUAGGAGUCGGAGCCAGUCGGGCGUGAACAGUAUGAUCCUGUCGCCUUCGGAGAGCCAGUCAGGGUUGUAUAAUAUUUUGGUAGAUGAGGAGGAUCCGGAUGUGAUUGAGAAUUCGAACGCGAAGACUCCUCAAGUUGGGAGCGACGGCGGGUUGUCGCCCUUCCAGGAUGAGAUGGGUCCGCUGGAUCAUGAGCCCCAGCAGCACCAGCGCCAGCAAGGUCAUGGGUCUGAUACCCGUUCGCCACUUUUGUAA